UUGUUCGUCAUCCAAAAGGCUUCAAAUCAUACAUUGGAAUUUGUAUACUUAUCAUCAGAAGCUUUGCGGUUAAAAUCUUCAGUCACACUGCUUACAAAUUCCAAAGGGAGUUUCUCAGUUUCUUUUGAGUGAUGACCAUGAUGAUGAUGUUGUUAUGGGCUGUGGUUGUGCCGGUGCUGUCUUUUUGGGUAUGGAGGACGUUGGAUUGGGUUUGGUUGACUCCGAGACGGAUUGAGAGUGAGCUCCGGCGGCAGGGCCUCCGCGGCAACCACUACCGGAUACUUUACGGUGAUGCCAAGGACAGUGUCAGGCUCACCAAGGACGCUAGAUCCCGGCCUUUGCCCCUUCACUGCCAUGACAUCGGCUCACGUGUCUUCCCUCUCUUUCAUAAAGCCAUCAAGGAUCACGGUAAAAUAUCUUUUACGUGGCUUGGACCUUUCGCGAGAGUAACUUUGAUGAAUCCCGAGUUGGUCAAAGAAGUGUUGUCAGACAAAUUUGGUCAUUUUAUGAAACCAAGAACAACUCCACUUGCUAAAUUUCUAGUGCAAGGACUUUUAACUCAUGAAGGUGAGAAGUGGGCCAAACAUCGAAGGAUAAUAAACCCUGCUUUCCAUCUGGAGAAGUUAAAGUUAAUGUAUCCGGCAUUCUCUGCAUCUUGUGGUGAGCUAAUCAGAAGAUGGGACAAGAUGAUCCCUGAUGAAGGCUGCUUGGAAUUAGAUGUGUUUCCAGAGAUCCAAAAUGUCACACAAGAUGUCAUCUCCAGGACUGCAUUUGGUAGCAGCUACGAAGAAGGAAGAAGAAUAUUCGAACUUCUUACAGAGCAAACCCAGCUUAUUAUUCCAGUUAUACAGAGUGUUUAUAUCCCUGGUUAUCGGUUUCUACCCACACCAAUGAACCAAAAAAGAAGCCAAGUUGACAAAGAGAUGAAAAGGAUACUUAGAGACAUGAUUGAGAAAAGAGAGAGGGCCAUGAGAAAGGGGGAAAGCAGCAAGAAUGAUCUUCUGGGUAUAUUAUUGGAGUCCAAUAUGAAAGAGGCUAAAGAAGUGCAAGGGAAGAAGUCCAAAAACAGAGGGAUGACUACUGAGGAUGUGAUUCAAGAGUGCAAGCUAUUCUACUUAGCAGGGCAAGAGACAACUUCAGUUCUGCUCACGUGGACAAUGAUUUUGUUGGGCAUGUAUCCAAACUGGCAGGCUAAGGCAAGAGAAGAGGUCCUUCACGUGUUUGGGAAGAACACACCUGACAUGGAUGGAUUGAGCCGCUUGAAGAUUGUGACCAUGAUUCUAUAUGAAGUUCUCAGGUUAUACCCACCAGUGCCUUUCCUUUCAAGAAGAUCAUAUAAAACAAUGGAACUUGGUGGGGUUAGUUACCCUCCAGAAGUGAUACUCUCACUGCCUAUACUCUUAAUUCACAGUGACCCUGAUUUCUGGGGAGAAGAUGCAAAAGAGUUCAAACCAGAGAGGUUUGCAGAAGGGAUAUCAAAAGCCUCAAAAGUUGCAGGUUCUUUCUUUCCAUUUGGUGCUGGUCCUCGUGUAUGCGUUGGCCAGAACUUUGCACUGAUUGAAGCUAAGAUAGGACUUAGCAUAAUACUGCAACACUUCUCGUUUGAGCUCUCACCUUCUUACAUCCAUGCACCCUACAUGGUUCUUACUGUUCAACCACAGCAUGGAGCUCAACUCAAGCUCCAUAAGCUCUGAUAUAUAUAUAUAUAUAUAUAUAUAUAUAUAUAUAUAUAGGGGUGGCAAUAAACCGGGUUUGGACAAAAAUUUUAGUAUUACGGGCCGGGUCCGGAUAUAGUCUGGUUGUCCGGAUUUAAAUCCUGGCCGGGUCCGGCUCAAAAGAAAGGGAUAACUGGGUUUUUUUAUUUUUAAAUUUCUUAUAUAUAUAAUGUUAAGCCCACUUGCCCAA